AUGAUUACAAAUGAUAAAAUCAAAAAAAAGGAACUGCUAGAAAGUGAUGAAGACCUCAGAGAUACGGAAGGAUUAAUCUAUGAAAAAGUUGAAGACUUUAAGUACCUAGGUGCAACCCUAAGUACAAAAAACGACUGGGCCAUUCAAAUAGGUAUUCGCAUAAGUAAAGCAGAAAAGAUCGAGGGCCAAAACGUGUCUACAAUAGAUGCCGCAAAUGAAAUUAAUCAACUUCAAAAUAAUUUAGAUCAAAAACAAAAUUCAUACUACCUUCCCCACGCCACCCGUAAUAUAAUGGUAAAAUUACAAGAAACUGGUGAUAUAAAUGAAGAAAACGCAAAAACUGCAACGUCUAAUUUUUAUAAAACAAGCAAAGAAUAUUUGGAGGUGGUGUCAGUUCAACGAAGAAGUAAAAAAAUUUGA